AUGGCGGACCCGAAAUUCAACGUGUCCGUGUCGACCCUUGAGAUCGACCACGAGAACAACAGCCUGGAUAUGGAGCUGCCGAGUUUGUUCGUGCCGACUCCCGCAACUGAGAGCGAGAAUGAAAGCAGCAGCGAAAGCCAGCACGAGAGCGGCCAUGGUAACACCAUGAGAAACGACGACGGCGAGCUGGAGUCUGACAAGACAGCCGCCUCGGCCGCUACCCCGACUCCAAGCGCCCCGGCUUUCGACAUCGUCGAGGCCGCUGAAGCCCUCCUCGCCCAAGCUAAGAAGCUCAAAGCGACUAUCGACAGCAAGCUCACCCCUGCCCCCAACUCUCCCGAAUCGGCAAAUCAUGUGCCUCUUCCUCCGUCGCCUGAGGAGAUUGCUCUUCGCCAGCGCAUCGCGAAACUAGGCAAGAAGAUUGCCUUUGAGACCGCACCGCCCAUGGAUUCGCUCAAGUCGGAUUGGGUCACCAUCGGCGACGUCGCAGCCUGGAACAUCUUCCUCCACUGGCGCGCCUUUGAUCACAUUCCUCUCACGGGCUCCAUCUCCAUCGCCGACCUCGCCCGUGCUAUCGACGCCGAUGAAUCUCUUGUCUCCCGCAUCGCCUGCAUGCUAAUCUCCACCGGCAAACUCGUCGGCUCUCGCCUCGACGGUGAAGGGGAGCAAGGACCGCCCACCCACGUCUCCCACAGCCGCAUCUCCCGCCUUCUCCGCACUAACACUUCGCCGGCCACCGCUGCCCUCGCCAUCGUUAGUUUCGGCAACGGCAUGAAGGGCUUCGCGAAGUGGCCCGAGUACUUUUCCACCUAUGACAGACACGAACCCCAUCCAUCGGAUAAGGAGAUCUUGGUCCAUGAUAGUAGUGGCAUUGUCGUGACGACCAAGAGACGCGGCGCACAAGACGGUAAUCACAAAAGCUACAUCCCGACACCCUUUUCUCUCGGCUGGGGUCACCCGGCCCUGGCGCCGUGGGAAGUCAAAGCCCGCUACCCGGAGUAUGCGCGCCACUUUGAGAUGGCCAUGGCAGCCAAGGACAAGGGUGCGCAGGGCGCUUUGGGCGGCGAUUUGGGCGUUGGCGGAUAUCGCGGUAUCAACUCUGAGUAUCCGGCCAAGAAGUUUUCGCUUACUUGGCUUGCCGAAGCUGCCAUGCAGAAGCUGGAGCUGUAUGAUUUUCUCGGAGAUGCCAACAUCUAUUUGAAGCCCCUGGUAGUCGACGUCGGCGGCGGACUGGGUCACUUCCUAGCAAACCUCCUGGCUAAGAUCCCAGAGGUCAAACCGGAGAAUUGCAUCUUGCAGGACAGGCCCGAGGUUAUUGCCCAAGUCGCAAAGAACAUCGAGGGUGGAGAUGAGAAGUUGAAGGGUGUCAAGACCAUGGCACAUGAUUUUUUCCAGCCCCAACCUGAGGAAGCCAAGGGAGCAGCGGUCUACGUCGUCCGUCGUGUGUUACUGGACUAUUGCGAUGAGCAGGCCGUGUGGAUUCUCAAACAUUUGAGGUGUGCGCUUGGAAACUUCGGAAGAAUCGUCAUCAUGGAGGGAGUCCUGCUGGACAAGCCGACGCCGGAGAACAGACUGGUGGACAUGGUGAUGAUGAAUCUCGGAGGCAAGUUGAGGAACGAGGAGGGUUACAGGAAGCUGUGUAAGGAGGCUGGCCUCACGGUUACGGGAUACUGGGUGGAUGUGGAGGGCGCGAGUUGUGUUGUUGAGUGUGUCAAGGGGGAUGGCACUGAUGGCUCUGAGGAGUGAUCAUACUCUGCUAAUUGGGGUUCAACAGCAGUGGGGACACCAAUUUACAUGAUAGGAGUUGAAAGAAGCAAAGGAAGAGGAAAGGAAAGGCAAGGCUUGGGAGAAAGAGAUGGGAAGUAGAGCCGCUGGCGGAAGUGUCAAUGCCAGGGUUCAAGGUGCACAUAUCCCAGGGUUACGUAUGUACAUUUUCCAUAUCCGGGGCCCUCACUCAAGCGGGCAAACUGGUAAUGACUUUACACCAUCCUUCCAUAGCUGUGAAUAAGCAAAUCAAUUGAACAAAAAACCUCAAUA